AAUGAAGUUCAUGAAAUGAAGGUUGAGUGAUUGAUGGUCAUUCUCAUAUUACACAGUAAACACUUCGUUUUCCCCCAAAUCUGUGAAAACCCUAAAGCACAGCGAAAAUUCGCAAAUUUUCAAAUCGAGAAGAAAUGAGUAUUGAGAAGUUGAGCACCGAAGAAUGUCAAUCACUCUACUCUCUGCUCAGAGCUGAGCAACGCCCACUUCAUGAGAUCGUUGCAGAUUUCAACAGCUCUCUCCCUCGCCAUCGCCAUUUCACUCUCUGCUCCUACCUCCUCAUGCUCUUGCAGGACAAGCAACUCAACAUCUCUGAACGAAUAAUUGCUUUUGCCCUACUUGUUGAAGCAUAUUCAUCCCAGAGACCCGCUUCAAAUCCUUUCAUAAGCUUUAUUGUAAAAGUUGCUUGUCAUGAAGGGUCUGAAAAAGUUGUGAGAGCGUUCAUUCUACAAUUGUUAGGUGUUAAUGCCUCCAACAGUGGCAAAGAGUUUCUUAAACAGUCUGCUUCAGAUUACGUGAAAGGAUUUGACCAAUCAUUGCAUGAUUUUCCACCUGUAGAUCAGUUGCAGCAGCAGUUUUCUGAUAAAGUUCAUCAUGAAUCAUAUCAUAGCUUAUUUAAGGGUGGUUCUAUAAAAAAUGUAGUCCCAGACCCUGAUGUUCCUCCCAAUUGUAAUGCAGAUUCAGCAGAGUUUGAAUUGCGACCGGGAACAAAACCUAAACUUGGCACCGGCGACAAAGACGAAGCAGUAGUUGGGUUAUUGUCUAAUCUUUCACUGGAAGGAUUGAGCCCUCACUGGAUCAGGCCCCUUCCACCAAGGCUACCAAUACUUGAUGGGGAGCUAGUUUGGCUCAACCCUGAUGACAAUCAUGAACUUAUGUGGGACUACGGUAUGUGCGUUGAUACUAGCAGAGGUGCUGCAGUAAGAGAUUUAAUUGCAAAAGCUCUGAAGGGAGCCCUUGCACCUGCACAGCAAGAGCAAGUGUUGGUGGAGUUGGCGAAUGAUCCAAAGCUUGUAUACCACUGUGGACUAACUCCAAGAAAGUUGCCAGAACUGGUGGAAAAUAAUCCCCUUAUUGCAGUUGAUGUUCUCACUAAGUUGAUAAACUCCCCUGAAAUAGCAGAAUACUUUACAGUACUCGUGAAUAUGGACAUGAGUCUACACUCAAUGGAAGUUGUGAACAGGCUAACAACUGCAGUUGAAUUGCCUUCAGAAUUCAUUCACAUGUACAUAACUAAUUGUAUAUCAUCUUGUGUGAACAUUAAGACUUGUUUGUGUUUUUCUGCAAAGCCUUAUUCGAAACAACAUUAUUAAUGUUAAAGACCUCUUCAUUGAAGUUCAAGCGUUUUGCAUUGAAUUUUCGCGGAUUAGAGAGGCAGCUGCAUUGUUUAGGCUUCUCAAGUCAUUGGAAUGAAUAUGAUUGUUUUGACCUGUUAAAAUUUUUUCCUCUAUUGCUUCUCCAACCCUUACAAUACAUUCUGAUGUAGAUAUGUAUCUACCUAGAGCUAAUUAGCAUUCUGUACUAAUUUUCAUUUUAUGGACAAUAAAUAUCAGUUUGUUGGCCUACGAAGUCAGUUAUUUCAGUUUUUAAUUGAACUGGCCUAUAUCAUUGAAUUUCACAAUAUGUAUGUACCUUACCUUCAC